GAAGCCCGGAUGAAGUAUGCGAGGGUAUGAUCCAGUCGUGCUGUGAGGUGGCGAUCGCCCUCAUCGAUGCGGAUGCCCACGAAAAUCAGCUUCAACUUGUCCUCGAGACGAUCAAGCACAUGAAUCCCAUCAAGGGCAUGGACCUCUACCGGCGCUCCUACGAAAAGCUGGCCAAAGCCCUCGAGGCGAAAUUCAUAGAAUGGGUAUGGUCGGUGCGGCAAUUCCUCACCGGCGAAUUGGCCACGCUGUGCUGCCAUUUCCUGGUCUUCGUCUUCGACGCCGACUGGACCGACCCGACCUACAAGGACAAGUACCUACGCCAUCUGCUGCGCAUCAUGAUCAAGGACUUGCUGGCCGGACUGGAUCAGAACCACGACGUCAUCGACCCGUACGACCGCGAUUUCGAGCUGAGCCCCCUCAUCCGAUUCUGCGUCCAGCGUGCCAGCCCCAGAAUUCGCGAGUUCAAGUUAGCAGCUGAAUUCGAUGCUUCACGAGCUCGUCGCGUGCAACACGAAGGAGAAGGACUACAUACCCAUCGACAAUCCGGAUCUCGACGCGCGCUGGCAAUGCGACUUAUCGCCGCCCUGGAGCUGGCCUGCAUCCUCGACACCAAGUACACCGCCAAACGAAAAGCGAAAGCUCGUGGCAAGCCAAUCGAAGAUGUCAGCUCAUCGUUACUGAAUUAUAAUCAUGACUCCGACUACGUGACCGAAAUGAAGAAGCUGAUCCGGCUCAGGUUGCAGGAACUCAUCGAACGGGAUGGCACUGAAGUCGUCAACAGCGAACGCGAAGUGGAAGAAGCCCGAUUCAUGGACCCCCGGCUGUUAGAUCAGGGAGGACAUUUUUACUCUUUAUUU